AUUGAGGAGACAAGGCCAGCGCCGAGGCGGCCGGGUGGGAUGGGCGGGGCGAGGGCGGGCGGGGGGCAUGGGGGGAGGAGGAAUAAGGGCCCGGGGUGGAGUGCGAGUGGGGCGGAGCUGAGUCGGUGGAUGGGGAUGGCGCCUGUUGAUGAUUCGGACUCGGACAACCCCACGCGCACGCCACGCAAGGGUCUCGGCGCCGGCGCGCUCUUUGGCGGCUCGGCAUCGGGCGUCGCCGGCGCGGGCGGGGCAGGCCUGCUCGGCGGCGAUCCUGGACUGUCGGCGGCUGCGGCGGGGACGCCGUCGAAUCUGGGCAAGGUCGGGGACGCGGCGCUCGCGGAUGCGGAUCCGCUCGGGGUGAACCAGAAUGUGUCGUUUGAUGAGGUUGGCGGGUUGGAUGAUCAUAUCCACCAGCUGAAGGAGAUGACGAUGCUCCCGCUGCUGUAUCCGGAGAUGUUUCAAAGGUUCGGGCUCACGCCGCCGAGGGGUGUGCUGUUCCACGGCCCGCCGGGGACGGGUAAGACGCUCCUCGCGCGUGCACUGGCUGCGAGCUGUCGGUCGAACGGCCGCACUAUCUCCUUCUUCAUGCGCAAAGGCGCCGACUGCCUAUCAAAAUGGGUCGGCGAAGCCGAGCGCCAGCUGCGCCUGCUCUUCGAAGAAGCCCGCGCCUCGCAGCCCUCGAUCAUCUUCUUCGACGAGAUCGACGGGCUCGCGCCCGUGCGCUCGUCGAAGCAGGACCAGAUCCACGCGUCGAUCGUGAGCACGCUGUUGGCGCUCAUGGACGGCAUGGACGGGCGCGGGCAGGUGGUGGUGAUUGGGGCGACGAACCGCCCCGAUGCUGUUGAUCCGGCACUGAGAAGGCCGGGAAGGUUUGAUCGGGAGUUUUAUUUUCCGCUGCCUACUCUAGAAGCGAGGGAGCGGAUUUUGGGGAUUAUGACGGGGAAAUGGGACGGGUGGGCGGGGGAGGACGGGGUGGAGAAGGUGAGGGGCUUGGCAAGAAUGACGAAGGGAUAUGGGGGUGCGGAUUUGAGGGCGCUGUGUACGGAGGCGGCGCUGUGUGCGGUGCAGAGGAGGUAUCCGCAGAUAUAUGAGAGUCAGGAGAGGUUGGUUGUGAGGCCCGAGAGUGUGGUUGUUGGGGUGAGGGAUUUUAUGAUUAGUGUGAAGAAGCUCGUACCCUCCUCGGCCCGCUCGACCGCUUCGUCCGCAUCACCAUUGCCCAGCCAGCUCGUUCCCUUACUCGAGGAGACUGUGGACCGCGUGAAGAGCUCGAUCGACCGCGUGCUUCCGCCGAAUAAGAAGCGCAAUGCGCUUGAGGAGGCGCAGUGGGAGGAUGAGGGCGAGGAGGGCGCGUUGGAGCGCGAGAUGCUUGUGCAAUCGAUGGAGACGCUGCGUGUGUACCGGCCGCGGCUGGUGUUGCAUGGACAGGCGGGUAUGGGGCAGGGAUAUGUUGGUGCGGCGGCGCUGCAUCAUCUCGAGGGGUAUCAUGUGCAGAAUCUGGAUUUGGGGAGUUUGAUGGGUGAUUCUGCGAGGACGCCAGAAGCAGCCAUCGUCCAGCUAUUUGUUGAAGCUAAGCGACACCAGCCCAGCGUCGUGUACAUACCUUCCCUUAUCGGGUGGUGCGCCGCCAUCUCUGAAAGCGCACGGACGACCGUGCGCGCGAUGUUGGACUCGCUCUCUCCCACGGAUCCUGUUCUGCUGCUCGGCAUCGUUGACGGCCCGCUCUCCGCUCUCCCGCGGGACGUGCGCGCGUGGUUCGGCGCAGGGCGGGAGAACCGCGUGCUGCUCCCGGCGCCGACGGAGGCGCAGCGCGAGGCGUUCUUCGAGGGCCUGCUUGUGGACGUGCGGAGGCCGCCGAACAUGUUCGCGGACGGGGUGCGGCGGCGGAAGCGCGUGCUGGAGGUGCUGGAGAUUGCGCCGCCGCUGGAGCCGAGGCAGCCGAGUGCGGCGGAGCUGGCUGUGCAGGAGGAGCAUGAUGCGAGGGUGGUUACGCUUUUGAAGUAUAGGUUGGGCCCGAUUCUUGGGGAGCUGAAGAGGAAGUUUAAGCGGUUUACGAAGAGGGCUACGGAGGAGUAUGACUUUGACGUGUUUGCAGAUGUCGAUGAUGUUGAGCCCGCGCCCGCUGCGACGGUGACGGUUCAGGCGGAGAACGCUAUAGUGGAAAUUGUCGAUCAGCAGCCCGUUUCCACAACGACACUUCAGGUCAAUGGAGUGGUCAAUGGCGACCAACAUGACGCUCAGAUGCAGUCGCAUUCCCCAUCCCAGAUGCAACCUCAGCUCGAAGGGCAGAUGCAGACGCAAGCGCAACUACAGCUAGUGCCAGCUCCGCAGCAGCCACAACCAGCGCCUGCGCCUGCGGCACCACGGCGACCGCGGCUGUACGACAUGGACCUCGAGCGAAUGAACAUGGAGAUCUACCGUGGGACGUAUCUCACCCCGCACGACUUUCUCGAGGACGUCGGCAAGAUCGUGCACAACGCGCUCGUGCAUGCCGAACAGGACGCGGAGCGACUGUGGAAGGCGCAGGCGAUGUAUACGGCCGCCGAGGUCAGCGUGCAGGAGUUCGACCCCGCGUUCAAGGUCGAGUGCGAGCGCAUGGCAGAGCGGGAGAAGAGGAGGAGGGACGAGAGGAGGAAGGAAAAGGAGAAGGCGAGGGCUGCUGCUAAUGGUAAUGUCAACGGGGGUGGUGCGGGUGCGGGUGCGGGUGCGGGCGAGGGGCAGCUGAGGAGGAGUGCGAGGAACAAUGGUGCGCAGCUCGAGUUGACGAUUACGGAUCCGCUGCAAAUCGAGCGGAGGGCGAAGAGGCAGCGUUCGACGGAUCGUCCGAGUGGGUCGCCGAUGGUGGAGGAGCAGCAGAACGCAGAUGGCGCACGGCCGGGUUCGGGCCAUGGGCAAGGGCAGGGACAGCAGUUGGUUCCAGCGGGCGCAGCGAUGGACCCAGAAGGGAGGGACUCGAAGAGAGUGAGGACGAACCAGGACGGUGGGAUGCUUGCCGGGGAUGGGAGACCGCUUACGGUGCGCUUCGCCAGCGAUAUGCAGCAGCCCAUGCAGAAUGGCUACGGUGGAGGGUCAUCGUACGGUCGUGGCCAACAAGGACAGAUGCACGGAUACGCCACGCCAGCCGCUGGCCCUGGUCAUGCACCUGAGCUCCGGCCCUACUCUGGCUAUCCUCAGGGACCCCAGUAUGGCCCACAGUCCCACAUUUUUAACGGUAUGGGCAUGGGCAUGGGUAUGCCGCACGACGACAUGGCGGUCGACAGCCCGUCACCUCGGAAGUUGGCUGGAUUUGGUGGGCUUCUGAACCCAGCCGGCUCUGUAGACCACCAAUAUCAGUCGCCGGCAAACUCCAUUCAACACUUGCUUAACAGCAAUGGACCGUCUCCACAUCCUCAACCUGAUGGCAGCAUCGCGCAUAUCGGUCACGGCGUCCAGCCACCACAUUCGUCGCACCCUUCGUUGUUCCCAGGAUAUCAAGAUCAGCCCCAGUAUCAGCCGCAGCACGGGUAUCCACACCAACACCAGCCUCAGUACGCGCAUCAGCAGUAUCAGCCUCCGUAUCAGCCACCGCAGCCCCAGACGCACUCGCCUUCGUCGUACAUGUACCAGCAGCAGCCGUAUCAAGGCCACCAGAUGGACCCACACUUCCAGCCACACGUUCAAGCGUCUCAGCCUUAUCCCCAGCCCCAGGGCCAACCACAGUCGUUCGACCAAUGGAGUAUGCAAGUAUCGGCACCGUCCUCUGCGUCUGUGCACGACCCGAUGCCAUCUCACAUGCACCACUUGCAUCCCGCAUCCGGGGGCUUGGAUGGUGCUCUCACGCCCAUGGCCAUGUCCGAGCAUCGUGCUUCGUCUUCGCCUUUCGGACACCCGCAGCCUCAGGCCCAGAUGCAACCUCAGCCUCAACCCUCGUCCGAACCCCAGUCGGAGCCGACUCCUCAGCCGGAGCCCGAGCAGCCCCCGCGCACACCGACGCCCCCUCACCCCGAGUUCCACGUCGACGAGGCGCUUCUCGCGGGCCUCAAGGACGACCUGCGCCUGCGCACGGCGCAGCUGACUGUCGAGCAGCUCGAGCAGCUACGGGCAACCUCGCUUGGAUGCAUCUGGCGGCACCGCGCGGCGUGGGACCGCGAUGCGCUGGUGCGCGAGCUCAAGGAUGUACUCCUGGAGUUCUUGGACGAUGUCGCGCUUGACGUGCCGUCUGAUGAUGAGGGCGAGGGCGCGGGUGCGGUUAGUGUGGCUUACUAAUAUGUUCGAGCGGGCGUGCGUUUGGUGCUGUUUUCGUAGGUGAUUUUUUGAUGUUGGUUGGCGAAUCAUGGUUUCCCAAGCGUUGCAUAGUGUAUUCCACUGCGGUGCCCUUGUUAGCGUUUGAAUUUGUUCUCCUUGACUUUAAUUAUCUUGAUCUCGCAUGCUCUAUUAGAUUAUCAUCUUUAUUUCGCGUUUCGAGCCUUUUCUUUGGGUGUAUUUUAUAAAGAUUCGAUUACUGUAGCUUUGCAUAUCGCAAUUAACGAAACAUUUUGCUCCUUU